CUAAAACAUAAUACAGUGCAAACAAAACCAAACCACCCACAGAUAACAGUAUAAAUACAAGCAAGCGUCGUCAGGCAGGCCGGGUCAAUAUCAAUUGGGCAGGUAGGUACAGGGGGAGCAAGCGGAGAAUAGUCGGGGUCACAGGCCAGGUUCAGCAGGUAGCAAGCAGCAUAGUACAGAGGGUCAGACAGAGGGAUGGUCCGGGUCACAAGCCAGGGAUCAGAACAGGUAGCAAGCAGCAGCGAUCAGAGCAGGAGAAGUCAGCAAAGGAACAGAAAAACAGGAUGCAGGACAGAUACAGGGCCCAGGACAAACACAACACCAAGGCAGAGUCUGCAAGUCUGGCCA